AUGCGCCUGAACACAACUUCUUCGCUGCACCAGCCGGGAUUCCUCUUGGGGCAGUUCCACAUGCAGCCCACCAGCGAUGCCGUGCCUACCCCCGGGAACCUCUCCAGCAAUUCCACACUGGGGUCCCGGGUGCCCAACGAGGAGGACCUCGACGUCAACACGGACAUCUACUCCAAAGUCAUGGUCACGGUCAUCUACUUGGUGCUGUUCUUGGUGGGGACCAUCGGCAACUCCAUCACCGCCUACACCCUGGUGCGGAAGAAGUCCCUGCAGAACCUGCAGAGCACCGUGCAUUACCACCUGGCCAGCCUGGCGUUCUCCGACCUGCUGAUUUUCCUCCUCUGCAUGCCCAUUGAACUGUACAACUUCAUCUGGGUGCACCACCCCUGGGCGUUCGGAAAUGACAUCUGCAAGGGCUAUUACUUCUUGAGGGAUGCCUGCACCUACGCCACGGCUCUCAACAUCGCCAGCCUCAGCGUCGAGAGGUACAUGGCCAUCUGCCACCCCUUCAAAGCCAAGAGCAUCAUGUCCCGAAGCAGGACCAAAAAAUUCAUCAGCUGCAUCUGGGUUGCCUCCUUCCUGCUGGCCAUUCCGAUGAUCAUGACCAUGGGGGAGGUGUACAAGGCCCCCGAGGACCCGACCUCGCUGAUCUGCACCCAGAUCGUGGAGGCUUCCACACUUAAGGUCGUCAUCCAGGUCAACGCUUUCAUCUCCUUCGUCUUCCCAAUGGUCGUCAUCUCGGUCCUGAACACCGUCAUCGCCAACCAGCUCAUCAUCAUGUUCAAGCAAGCUGCACAAGAGAACCAGGUGUGCACCAUCGGAGGGCAGCAAGCCAUGCUCAGCAUGUCCAUGGAACCUGGCCGUGUGCAAGCCCUGAAGCAUGGAGUUCGAGUCCUACGAGCCGUGGUGAUCGCCUUUGUGGUCUGCUGGCUUCCAUACCACGUACGGCGGCUUAUGUAUUGCUAUGUGCCAGAAAAUCAGUGGUCAGACUUCCUUUAUGACUUCUACCACUACUUCUACAUGCUGACCAACAUCCUCUUCUACGUCAGUUCAGCCAUCAACCCAGUGCUGUACAACUUGGUGUCUGCCAACUUCCGCCAAAUCUUCCUCUCCACACUCAUGUUCAUGUGCCUGCCCUGGAGGAAGAAGAAGAAGAGAACCAAGUUUAACAGGAAGUCGAACAGCAUCUCCAGCAACCAUACUUUUUCCAGCCAAGUCACCAGAGAAACCACCUACUGA